AUGAGUAAGAAAGAAUCCAAAGAGCAAACACGCGCAUUUUAUGAAAAAGCAGACGAAAUUAAAGACAAAGAACUAUGGAAAAAUUUUAAUAUUGAUUUUCGUCUUGAAGCUGCAGAAUUUCCAGAUAAUAAAAUUUAUGCAACUAUCAACAUCAAACCUGAAUCGGCUCGGCGACUCAUUGCAAAAUUUUCUUUAAUUGUUAAUGAUUGUCAUCGAGGUGAGUUUGAUGGUUCUUAUCAGUGCAUAUCAGCAGCAGGUUUCGAUGUAAUGAAACAAGAGAACUAUGUAAAUGUCAAAAUUGAAGCAAAACCUGUCAAUAACAAUUGGAAAACAAUCAAAAAAGAAUCUGAAUCUUGUUCUUUUUUCUUUACUGGUCAAAUUGUGACUUUAAGUCCAACUAUUCAUUUCGACUACAUUGAAGAACAUUCAACAUUUAAUAUGACGAUUAAAUGGUAUCAUAUUGGUGAUCGUUAUGCUCAAAAAUAUGUUAUAAAGCAAUCAUCAAUAGAUCAAGAAAUGGAAGUUUGUAUACAUUCUUUUGAAGCUGGUAAAAAUCAUACCGUUCAAAUUAAAGCAAAACUUAAGAAUGGACAAGAAACGCAUUCAUCAGAUCUUAUUAAUUUUACUGUACCUGAUAAAAAAACUGAUCAAGCAGAUGAUGAACUUAUAUAUAUAAGUAAUGAACCAGUUCCAUCACACUUACUAGAUUUCCUUGUGAAAGAUGAAGAUACAAAAAAAGAUGUAGCGACACAAGAACUUGAUAAAUUUAGAGAGCGUGCAUUAGAACUUCUUCGAUUACUUGAAAAAGAAAUAGAAGCAAGAAGCCAGACUAGAAAAAUAUAA